AUGUCCUGCAGCCAAAGACCAUCAGGAGCGUUCUGGUUGUUGAACAACUUGGGUUUAUCGCUCAUUGCAGUGGCAGAGAAUGAACAUCACGGGAGCCUGCAGGAGGCUGCGGAUUGGCCGGCGCCCCAGUUGCCGAGGGAACGGGUGGGUCCGGUGGGGUCCCCGAGCAGGGCGGGGGCUAGGGGUAUCCGCCGAUUUCCGCCCCGGCCCGCCCUAGACUGCCGCGCCCAGGUCCACGCCCAUCGUUGGCGGAGGGAGGGGGCCGUCCCCGCGCGCCCCCAGGACCCGCGGGCCCCCAGCUGGCCUCCUGUUCGGGGCGCACCGCCCUCCGCCUCCAUCUCCGCCCCCGGGAUCUGCGGCUGCCAGCUCCGGAGCGCGGCUUCCCCGGCCGGCGGCGCGAUGGGCUGCGGGAACUCCACCGCCACCAGUGCUGGUGCGGGCCAAGGCCCUGCAGGAGCAGCUAAAGAUGUAACAGAAGAGUCGAUAACAGAAGAUGACAAGAGGAGAAACUAUGGAGGGGUGUAUGUUGGUCUACCGUCUGAAGCUGUCAAUAUGGUAUCCAAUCAAACAAAGACUGUACGAAAAAAUUAGAAGAAAAUAAUAUCCUGACUCAGUAAUCAAGAGCUUGCUCAUCAAGAUUUGGAUGGAAUUUUUGCUUCGCAGGACAUUGUAGUGCACACAGACAUUCCGAAGGAAAGUGUAAACAGUCGCUCCUCCCCCCUCCUCCAAAAUUCUUAGUUUAUAGUUAAAACCAUGGGUAUAUAGUGAAUGUUGUGGUACUAGAAAAGAAUUGGUUAAACAGUACUCAUCUAUGGAACUUGCCGUGGUCCACCGGCUGAAGACGAGCUUACAGAUGGUUACUGCCCAUCCGGCCACUGUGCUCCAGCUGCGUCCUCACCCUGGCCAUCCCCACAGCUCAUGAAGAUCAUGUCUUUUCACUGAUACUUUUUUGAUAGUUUUUAUAUAACAAAAUCCUUAAUCUAUUUAUAACUUAAAAGAAUAAGGCACUAUAAACAAAUUACUCAAAGUAAUAUAUUUGUCUUAUCUUUCACUAUUUCUAUGUCAUGCUGAUUUUUAGCUGUAAAGCUGUUAAAUUGAUUCUUAUUAUCUCUUCUCCUUUUUUACUCUUUGGUUUUCAGCUUUAAUUAAUUGUCAGAGGGUUUUCUUUAUGAGAACAGUGUGUUACAUUGCAAUACUUUAAACUGAGAAAAGUGAACUGAGAUUUGCACGCCAUGUGCACAUUUUGAUUAUCCUCCUGUUUUCUUUUGUCAAAGGCUUAUGUAGCCACAAGUAUGUCAUAGUCAUUGAGUCUCCCAUUCUGCCUGUGUGUGAUCAGAGCAUCUCAUUGCCUUAACUCCACGCUCUUUUCCAGGCUUGUCACUGAUGGUUAGUGGGAUAUUUGGAAAGUUCUUAAUUUGAUAGUGACCAUGUGUAUCCGUUUGGUACUGCAAUGUAAAAUCACUCAAUUUACCAAUGUAUUUCAACAAUUAAAACAUUUUUAUCCCUCUUUA